AUGUCGCAGGACGUUUCGGCGUGGUUGUUCGAGGAGGAUAAGAAGAUUCAGUCGAACGCGAACGGGGCGAAUGGGGUCGGGGACGCGGCGGAGGGCGCGCAACGCGUGCGAGAGGGGUCAUCGAGGCACGAACGACACGCGGGGCAUUAUUUAUCGAAGCCCUAUGCGGUGUAUCGCAUCGAUGCCGCGGGACAGCGCGUGCCGUACAAGCAAAUCAUGACGCGCAGGCAACUGUUGAGGGACACGGAUUUGUCGCCGCGCGAUUUGAGACGCAUCGACCCGACGCUCGGGCAGACGACGAAUACGCCCGCGGUGAUCGUUCGCGAGGAUUCGGUGUUGGUGAAUUUGGGUGUGCGUAUCAUCAUCUGCGCCGAACACGCGCUGUUGUUGGAACCGGACACGAUGAUGUCGAUGAACUUUCUCGAGGCGUGGACGCAAAGACAGAACAACGCGUCGACGCAGUCCAGCAGCGACGGCAUGGACGUUUUGCCCUUCGAGCUCACGAUGGUCGAGGCUGCGCUGCAAGAGACGUGUGCGCAACUCGAAAAUAGACUCGAACACUGCGCGCGAAGGUACCGCGCGCUCGAGCGCAAGCUUCAAACCGGGAUCGAGAAGACUACGUUUGACGAGAUGCGCUUCAUGAAGCAGGCGCUCGUGCAGCUCGAAUCGCGCGCGUCCGCGGUUCGAGACGAGUUGCUGGAAACUUUAGACGACGAAGAUGACAUCGAGCGCAUGACGCUUUCUUCCAAAGCCACGGGCGAGGCCAAGGCGGAAGAACAGGAGGAAGUCGAAAACUUGCUCGAGUAUUACGUGCAGCAAACGGAAGCGGUGCACGGAGCCACCGAGGCGUUGCUCGAAAACACGAGAGAUCUCGACGAGUCCAUCUCCGUCACGCUAUCGGCUCGACGUCUCGAGGUGAGCAAAAUCGAGCUCAUGCUCUCCAUCGCGAGCUUUGCCGCCGCGAUCGGCGCCGUCGUGACUGGUAUUUUCGGUAUGAACUUGACGUCGACGUUCGAAUCGAGCGUCAAGGCGUUUUACCUGUGCACCGCGCUGUUGAUCAGUUCGUGCAUCGGCAUGUCCGCCUGGCUCUACCGUCUGUGCCGACGACGUAACAUUCUCUAA